AGCUUUUUUAACCUGUGAUAAGGAUAAUGAACUAUGAAUGAGUGAAAAGAAAAAUGUUGUGAAGUAUAGGAUUCUGCUCUCAGAGUACUGAUAUCAUUCCUCAAGUUGCAAAUUUAGAAGCGAAUGCGUUAUUUGUGGCUUAAAGACCAUAUUUCACCUGGCCUUCCUUUCUGGCUGGCGCCACUAUUUUUUCUUCUAAUAUAAUCAUGUCCACCAAUAACAAUAAAACCGGCAGUGAUACGAGUGAUAAUAGUGACCGAAAGAACAAAAGACGGGCCUCCUUGGCUGUAAUCGAGGAUUACGACAGCAAUAGUGCCAGCGAUUCUGCACAAGUCUCUCACCGCUCUGUUACCGCUGUCACCGCAUUUAACGAAUCACAGUCCCAAAGGAGCCAGAUCAACCCUAUGAAAAUGAAAGACAAAGUAAAAGCCGAUAUUGUAGCCACUAAGGACGAUGCUGCCGCUAUUAGUCCUAGAGAGGGAGGAUGUAGUGAUGACACAGAUCCGUUUGUACAUUUCUAUUGUUGCUACUUACUUGCAUCCACUGUGCCACGAUACAGAACCCAUGGCUAUGUUGGGAGUACGCCGGAUCCACCCAAAAGAUUACGUCAACAUAACGGUGAACUGACACAGGGCGCCAAAAAGACUAGUAGGAAGCGGCCAUGGAAAAUGGUCAUGCUAGUCCAUGGGUUCCCAACCAAAGUCGCAGCGCUACAGUUUGAGUGGGCGUGGCAACAUCCUGAUCGGUCGCGACAAUUUGAUAAACAAACCACUAUUGCCUCUACUACCUCUGAUAUUUCUGCUACCUCCAUAUCUGCUCCUUCUUCAUCCUCAUCAGUGGCAGCAGCAUCAACGUUAACAGCGAUGCCAUCAGAUAGUCAAUCCCAGUCUCAGUCUUUACUAAGAGGCCGACAACGGAAGCUGCGUCCUCCAGUGUUGGUCCAAGACAAGGUCAAAACGGUCCAUACAAUGAUUCAGCGCCCAUCCUGGGCUCGAUGGCCGCUUUCUGUCCACAUCAUGGAACGGUCUGUGGCUGAGCAAUGGCGUGGAUUGGACCAGGCCUUAACUCUGAAUUUAGUCCGCCCUUACCGGAUUCCUGUUACAAGCGGUACCUUACAAGAUCUGGCGCACAUGAUAUCUGUUCGCGGGGUAUAUCGCGAGUACUUAAAAGCCAAGGAGCGCGAUAGAUACGAGAGCUUUCGUGAAGCUCGAUCCAAUUGCAUGGUAUGCGGCAAGGCAAUUUAUCACAAUGAUGUUACAAGUUUUUUGUGCUGCAAUAAUGCACAGGUAGAUUGUGCCAUGAUUGCUCAUUUAGAGUGCAUGGCCACGUAUAUACUCUCGCAAGAAAAGGCUUCGCAUCAACAACAACAAUAUGUUAAUAGCUAUGAUCGCAAUGAUGGACAUGAUAACGAGGGUCUCGGUAAAAAACUCCGUACCGACAAUGACAAUAAACCCUUAAAUGAACGGUUUCUACUACCAACAACAGGAAAAUGUCGAAUUUGUCAAGAAGAAUUAAACUGGGGUCAGAUGAUCCGAUCUAUGUACGCACGAAGAGAUGCCCUUCUAUUGACUUCCGAUACGAUGGUGGAAGACGAGGAUACGACAACUUAUUCUUCUUCAGACUUCUCAGACUCUUAAAGCAUCUCGGGGGUACCCCAGUUACCUUAAAGAAUGCAGCAACCUUGUACCAUAGAUUUUUUAAUACUAAAUAUGGCUACAAUCCAGAAGGACUAAAAGUACAAUACAAG